AUGAGUGAAAUCACCCGUCGAUUCGAUGCCCUUUUGGCCGCUUGUAAUGAACGGAUGUCAGCCCUCGAGCAGACACUUCCGUUGGCCCGCGCUUUCGCUGAACGAGUGAACCCACUGUCCGAUUGGCUCGAGUCGUCUGAACGAAAACUGGCGACUCUCUCGUCCCAAAUACCGACCGAUCAGAACCGCAUUCGUAAGAGAAUUUCUGAUCACAGAGCCCUCCAUCAGGACAUCAUUGAACACAAACGAGACUUUGAAGAGUUGACUGAAAUCGCUCAAAGCCUCAUGAGUUUGGUCGGCGACGAUGAGGCCCAAGAUGUGGUGGAACGCCUCCAAAGACUCACUGAUAGAUAUGCCAAACUGGUUGAGGACAGCGUCGCUUUGGGACAACUGUUGGCCCAAUCGCACGAAGUGUUGGGAAGUUUUGUUCUCAGUUUUGAAGACAUUCUCGCGUGGAUUCAAGAAAUGGAGUCCCGAUUGAAUCGAUUCCGAACUUUGAGUGUCUUUGUGGACAAACUUCGAGAACAGGUCGAAGAACUGACCGAAAUGUCCGAAGAGAUUCAUAGCCACCAAAAGAAAGUGUCAGAUAUUGUGCACUCCGGCCAAGAGAUAAUGAAACACUCGUCGGGCGGUGACUCGAUAUUCAUUAAAGAGAAAUUGGAUUCAUUGCAGUCGCGCUUCAGUGAACUGACCCACAAGUCUUCAGACAAACUACAACAGGCGAGAGAAGCCCUUCCCAUUUGCCAGAACUUUCACGACGCCCACAACAACCUCAACGCCUGGAUGGAUGACGCGGAACGUGAGCUCAAGAAUAUUAAUUCAUUGAAUUUGAGCGCUCAGGAGAAGAUAAUUGUAAAACUGGAAAAACAAAUCCCUGAAAAUCGAUCCCUUUUGGAGACGAUGAACCAUUUGGGACCACAACUGUCCCAGAUAUCCCCGGGUCAGGGCGCCGCCACCAUCGAGGGCUUCGUCACCCGAGCCUCGAGAAGAUUUGAAGCCAUUUGCGAACAAAUCCAACGCAAAGCCGAACGAAUAGAGCUCUCGAAGCAGCGAAACAGUGAAGUGUUGACUGGAAUCGAAGAACUGAUCGAUUGGUUCCGAAAAGCCGAACGACAGCUAUUAGAGGCCGAACCCAUUACACCGAAUCCCGAAGCGCUGGUCAUUCUCUUGAAGGAGACGCGGGCUCUGUAUGACGACAUCAAUAGCCAGAAGGGAAGAGUGAGAGAUGUGAUCGCAAACGCUAAGAAAUUGAUGCGCGAUUCCAGUGGUGAGGAUUUGGCGAACAUUAGAGACAAAGCCGAAGAUCUUAAAGAACUAGCGAAUCACGUGACACAGCUGUGUCAGGACAGACUCAACGCCUUAGAACAGGCGCUCGCAUUGGCCCAACCCUUCUUCGAAGCCCACAUAGAGCUGAGUCAAUGGUUAGAUGAGGCGGAAUCCGAGGCCCAAAUGCUCGGAAAGCCUGCCAUUCACGCCACGCAAAUCAGACGACAACAAGAGAUGACCAAAGCUUUGCUCCAAUCGGUGGCCGAACACAAGCCACUCGUCGACAGACUCAUGAAAACGGGCACCGCUUUGAUGCGAGUCAUCUACGAACAGGACGCCCGACAAGUCCAGAAGAUUAUGGACAGCGAUAGCGAUCGCUACAAUAAACUGCGAAAUAUUCUUCGAGAGCACGAGAACGCACUCGAGGCCGCACUUCAGGCCACCUCUCAGUUUUUUGUCGACAAAUUGGACGGAAUGUUGAAUGCUUUGGGCAAUACGGCUGAUCAGCUUAGGAACGCCGAACCCAUUGCCGCACAUCCCGACAGAAUUCAAGAGCAAAUUCUGGACAAUAACGCCAUUAUUAACGACUUGGAGAAGAGAGCCGGUGCUGUCGAUGCUAUUAAGGCCGCCGCCAGAGAUGUGAUCAGUAAAGCCGGAAAGAGUGACGAACCGGCCAUUCGUGACAUUAGGAAGAAAUUGGAUAAAUUGAAUGACUUGUGGGAUGAGGUCCAGAAGGGAUCCAAGAAUAGGGGCCGAUCUCUGAGCGAUGCCCUCAAAGUGGCCGAAAAGUUCUGGAAUGAACUCAAUAACGUUAUGAAAGCCAUUCACGACCUCCAGGACACUCUUAACAAUCAGGAGCCACCGGCCGCUGAGCCAAACGAAAUCAAACAACAACAAAACCAAUUGCAUGAGAUUAAGGUGGAUAUGGAUAAAACCAAACCAAAGGUGGAUCACUGCAAACAGACCGGUCGUGAUCUCAUGCAGUUGUGCGGAGAGCCCGACAAACCGGAGGUCAAGAAACACAUCGAAGAUUUGGACAACGCGUGGGAUAACGUGACCUCUUUGUACGCCAAACGCGAACAGAAUCUGAUCGACGCCAUGGAGAAGGCGAUGAACUUUCACGAGACUCUUCGCAAUAUUCUGGACUUCUUGGACAGAGCGGAGCGUAAAUUUGAGGCCAUGGGUCCCAUUGCCGCUGAUAUCGAUGCCGUGAAGCGACAGAUUAAAGAUCUUAAAGACUUCCAGAACGAAGUGAACCCACAUAUGGUGGAAGUGGAGGCCAUCAACCGAAUGGCACAGGAGCUCCUCGAAGACGUACAUCCAGAUCAGGCGCGCUCUAUCAGAGGCCCCAUCAAUGAGAUAAAUCGUCGUUGGGAUGAGUUGUUGAAGAAUAUCGUUGACCGACAGACAGAUCUGGACAACGCUCUGCUGAGAUUAGGUCAGUUCCAACACGCGCUCAACGAAUUCCUCGCUUGGAUUUCCAAGACUGAGCGCACACUCGACGACAUGAGGCCUGUGUUCGGCGACCCGCCGGUCAUUGAAGUAGAAUUGGCUAAACAUAAGGUCCUCAUGAAUGACAUUCAGGCCCACCAGACAAGUCUCGACACACUUAACAUUGCGGGCAAACAGAUGAUGGCUUCCGAGAGGGGAACGGAGAGCGCGAGAGCCACUCAAAGCAAACUCAAUGAUCUGAACUCUCGUUGGGAACAACUCAUCGCAAAGGCUACUCAACGACAGCGAGAACUUGAAGACGCGCUUAAAGACGCCCAGGCCUUCAAUCAAGAGAUUCAAGAUUUGUUGAUUUGGUUGAACGAUGUCGACCAACAGCUCUCUUCAUCCAAACCCGUCGGAGGACUCCCCGAGACGGCCAGAGAGCAACUGAACCGAUUUAUGGAGCUCUUCAGUGAACUCGAAUCGAUGAGACCUAAGAUCGAGUCGGUUCUCAAGCGAGGAGAGGACUACUUGAGACGAUCCACUGAAGGCGCGGCCACUAAUCUGCAGCACAAUCUGAAGACUCUUCGCCAACGAUGGGAGAAUGUGUUGAGUCGAGCCAAUGAUCGUAAGAUUAAACUCGAAAUAGCGUUGAAAGAGGCGACAGAAUUCCACGAAGCGCUCCAAGAAUUUGUCGAUUGGUUGACCUCUUCAGAGAAGUACUUAUCAAACCUACAGCCCGUCAGCCGUAUUGUCGACAAUGUGUUGCAGCAAAUCGAAGAACACAAACACUUCCAGAAAGACAUCGCCGCUCACAGGGAAACGAUGCUUAAUCUCGAUAAGAAGGGAACUCAUCUCAAGUACUUCAGCCAAAAACAAGACGUUAUCCUAAUUAAGAAUUUGUUGGUCAGUGUUCAGCACCGAUGGGAACGAGUUGUGUCCAAAGCGGCGGAACGAUCCCGAGCUCUGGAACAUGGACUAAAAGAGGCCAAAGAGUUCAGCGAAGCCUGGAGUGACUUAAUGUCAUGGCUUAGCGACGCCGAGAAGACAUUAGAUUCGAUCCAACAAAUGGGUAAUAAUCCGGAAGUAAUCAAACAAAUGCUUUCGCGACACAAGGAGUUCCAGCGCUCUCUUGGAGCCAAACAGUCGUUAUACGACGCGACCAUCAAAAUGGGCCGAAGCCUUAAAGAAAAAGCCCCCAAAUCUGACGGACCAGUCCUUCAGGAUAUGAUCGACGAGUUGAAGAACAAGUGGAACUCCGUCUGCAAUAAAUCUGUGGACAGACAACGCAAACUCGAAGAAGCGCUCCUAUACUCCGGUCAAUUCAAAGACGCCAUUCAGGCGCUCAUUGAUUGGUUGGACAAAGCCAAGAGAGAACUGGCGAUGGAUACACCUGUUUAUGGAGAUCUCGAUACUGUGACAGCACUUGUAGACCAACACAAGAGCUUUCAGGAAGACUUCAAGAGUCGGGCAAAGAAUUUAGAAUCCGUUCGUAAGACCGCCAGAGAGUUGUUGACAACCGCGACAUCAGAAGACGCGCGACAUAUCAAAGAGCAGAUGAGUAUUUUGGACAACAAAUGGGAUGAAGUGUCGCGACUCAGCGAUGAGAAGCAGAGGAAACUGGAGGAUGCGUUGAGACAAGCGGAACAGUUGCACAAAUCGGUUCAUAUGCUUCUCGAAUGGCUGUCCGACGCUGAGAUGAAACUGAGAUUUGCCGGACCUCUGCCUGAAGACGAGGCGACCACAAGACAACAAAUCGCAGAACACGAGAGGUUUAUGCGGGAAAUGGCGUCACAGGAGAAGAACAAGGACUCAACCAUUUCGUUGGCGCAGGAGAUCCUCCAGAAAUGUCAUCCGGAGGCCACUCCUGUCAUCAAACACUGGAUUACAAUCAUUCAGUCGCGAUGGGAAGAGGUGUCCGCUUGGGCUCAACAGAGGGAACAGAGACUUCAGGACCACUUGAGGUCAUUGCGAAACAUUAUGGAUCUGUUGGAAGAGCUGCUCGCGUGGCUCAUCGGUGCCGAAGCUUCACUACUUGCGGCCGAAGCGCAACCCCUACCCGACGACGUACUGGCACUCGAGCGGCUCAUUGAAGAGCACCAGACGUUCAUUGAUUCGAUGAUCAGAAGAGAACCCGACGUCGAGAAAGUUGCCAAAGCUUUCACUACUAAACGCGGAACCAGAGAACAGGUAUCAAAGGGAACAUCUGGAAGGCGAGGAAUACCUCCGCGAACCUCUACUCCAACCAGAGGUCACGUGGAGCCUGAGAUCAAACACCCGCGCGCUCGGGAACUGCUUGAGAAGUGGAGUGUUGUCUGGAAGUUGGCUAUGGAUCGUAUGAAACGACUUCAGGACAAACUCAACUACAACCGAGAGUUGGAUAGAAUGCGAAACUUUGACUUCGAUGAGUGGCGCCGAAGAUUCCUCGGAUGGAUGAACAACAAAAAGGCCAGAAUUAUGGACUUCUUCAGGAAGAUUGACACCGAUAACGACGGAAAGGUGACGAAACAGGAGUUCAUCGAAGGCUUCCUGGCGUCUAAAUUCCCGACCACUCGUCUGGAGAUGAAUCGCGUGGCAGACAUAUUCGACCGCAACGGCGAUGGAUAUAUCGAUCAGAAGGAGUAUUUGGAUACUUUGAGACCCGAUAGGGAUCAGCCCAAGACCGAGGCUGAGAUCAUUGAGGACGAAGUGCAGCGAUUGGUCAACAAAUGCACGUGUCUUACCAAAUAUAAGGUGUUCCAAGUGGGCGAAGGCAGAUAUAGAUUCGGUGAAUCACAAAAACUCCGUUUGGUUCGUAUCCUUCGCAGUACUGUUAUGGUCCGAGUCGGUGGCGGUUGGGUAUCACUGGACGAGUUCCUCGUCAAGAACGACCCGUGCAGAGCUAAGGGCCGCACGAAUGUCGAGCUUCGCGAGCAAUUUAUUUUGGCCGAUGGGGUCAGUCAGUCGAUGACUCCCUUCAAGUCUAAGUCCCCCAUCAAAUCGGACGGAACUAUCAAUACUACGGGUCCAAUCACUAAGGCGUGUCCUGAAUUGUGUACGUCUUACCGGCCUCUGCCCUGCGAUUUCUCUUCGCGAAUACCUAUUCCUCUCCAUCUUUGGAUCCGAGAAAAGAGCGAGCGUUCCGUUCCUAUGGCUCAUCAGCACCACUAUCGCUAUGGAAAUUCUACCAGCGAUUAUAGUUUCAGUGAUCAGGCAGACAGCUCCGGCGCCUCCAAAGGCCGCCCCCUCAGUCGUCUCACAAUUGGAUCUGGCAGUAAACCCAACUCCCGGCCAGAAAGUCGUCAUUCCAGUCGACCCUCGAGUAGAGCUGGAAGUGAUAUGUCUGUAGAGAGUCUCGAAGGCUACCAACAGCGCCGAACCACCCGUACAUCGAAACUGGCGUAUACUUCGUCGCGAACUAACGGCACAAAUGGCACCAGAGAUCAGUGGAAGAUCUAAACCGACUAAUAGAGAGUUUAUGAUAAUAACAUUAAUUAAUAAUAAAUGAAAGGAUAAAACAUUGGAUUAAUUACUUAAUCACACGAUAAUUGUCUGAUAUUUGGCAAUAAUCUCUAAUCAAAUAUAGUUCACUAACAAAUGAUACAGUCAUUCAGUCAGUCAUAGCAAUUGCCGUGAACUGCGGAGCGCCUCAACACUAGUAAUCACUAAUUUGUCUAUUUUUGUACUUAACUAAUAGUAUUAUUGGAGAAUAUGUUUGCAUUCAUAACACUUUGAGCCCUCCCUGAGACCAACAUUUUCUAAAAUAGUCUCACUUUAGGACAUGAAAAUUGCCUAAAAAUAGUCUAUUUUGACAUAAUUUUGAAGCCAUAGAACCCCUCAUAUGGAGGGAAGGGCUGCAUAUUCUGUGGUGAAUUUGAAACAUUGAAAAACACAUAUAUUUUUAUCAUUGAUUAAUAUAUAACUAAUACAUUUGUAAACUAAAAAUAAAAUGUAAUAUUAUUUGAAUAUAGAAAUAAAAUUAGAAUAACUUAUAAUAAAUAUAAUAAACA